ACGGAUGGGAGCGCUUUGACUCGUCCCGGAAGCCAGUACCCAACGGCUAGAAAAUCCCAAAGAAGGAAAUCACCUAAGGAGGGUUAAAGCCGUUAGAUUAAACAUCAUCAACGGCCAUAAUUCAAUAAAAAUUCGACCGUUGGGAGAUGCAUCGUUUCGGGCAGCUUCAACAGCAAGGUAAAGCCAACACCAACGGCUUCUUCUUAUAAAUCAAACAUUUCGCAAAAUUCCAAUUCAAAUUCCGCCAAAGAAAUCGAACAAGAAGAAGAAGAAAAAUACAGUAAGAGAAAAUAUAAGUGAAGAAGAAGAAAGAGGAUUGAUUUGGGAGGGAGUGUGCUGUUGAGUGAGAUAAUCCAAGGGCCGAAGGUGGCGAUCGAAAACACCGACGUACAAGGAGGAGGAGGAGGAGGCAGCAGUCGUCUCCAGGUGUUCCUAUCUUCGUUGUUUUCAAGCAUCGGCGGAGUUUUCGGAAGCAGCGUUCAAGAUCAAGAUUCGGAUAUGGCUACCAAAGCUACUCUUGUUGUGCCUCACCAACAACUUCAAAGAGAGGGAAUUAAGCAGAAGAUUGUACCCCUUGAAGGAAGAAAUAGGAAAGUUCUUAAAGAUAUUGGUAACUUAGUCAAAGAUAGAGCUCCAGAGGGGAAAAACCAAGUAGAGAAGAAGAACAAGAAACCCAUUAUCGUUGAAGAAAAUGGUGCCACGAAAAAGGUUGAACAAAAGAAUGGAGAUGAAGUUGUCAAACCGGUCAGACGAUUCAAGGAAGGGAUUCCAAUAAAGAAGACUUUUACAUCCACCCUCAGUGCUCGAAGCAAGGCGGCUUGUGGAAUUAAUAACAAGCCUAAAGGUGAGAUAGUGAAUAUUGAUGCAAAAGAUGGUGAUAAUGAGUUGGCUGUAGUUGAAUACAUUGAUGAAUUGUACAACUAUUACAAGCAAUCUGAGGACGAAACCAAGGUGAAUGACUACAUGGGUUUACAGCCAGAUAUAAACGCUAAGAUGAGAUCAAUCCUAAUUGAUUGGCUAAUUGAAGUUCAUCACAAAUUUGAACUCAUGCCUGAGACCCUCUACCUUACCAUAAACAUUGUAGACAGAUUCCUUUCAAUGAAGGUCGUUCCUAGGAGGGAGUUGCAGUUGGUUGGCAUCAGCUCAAUGCUUCUAGCAAGCAAAUAUGAAGAAAUUUGGGCACCAGAGGUUAAUGACUUUGUUUGCAUUUCUGACAAUGCCUAUGUGAAAGAACAGAUUUUAGUGAUGGAGAAGGCAAUCUUGGUUAAGUUGGGAUGGUACUUGACAGUUCCCACACCCUAUGUAUUUCUUGUUAGAUACAUCAAAGCCUCAGUUCCUAAUGUUGAUGAGGAGUUGGAGAAUAUGGUGUUUUUCUUUGCUGAACUUGGUGUUAUGCACUACUCUGCUGUAAUUGCACAUUGUGCUUCAACCAUUGCUGCUUCAGCUGUUUAUGCUGCAAGAUGCACACUUAAGAGGAGUCCAGCUUGGACUGAAACUCUUGAGCAUAAUACUGGAUAUUCUGAAAAUCAACUGAUUGAUUGUGCAAAGCUGUUGGUGGGCUUUCAUUCAGGUGCAGCAGAGAGUAAGCUGAAGGCAGUGUUCAAGAAAUACUCGAGUAUAAAGUCUGGUGCUGUUGCACUUUAUUCUCCAGCCAAAGAACUUCUGGCUGAAUCAUCAUCAGAUCAGUAACAGAGUUGUGGCUAUUUCAUUAUAUAGCUUGGCUCUUAGUUAGUAGUAUUAUUAUCAUGACCAAUAUUGUGCCCAAUGUUAGGGAGAGAUUAUUUUGCUGUUAUGAUCCGUCAAAGAGUUGUGGCUAUUUUAUUAUAGCUUGGCUUCUUAGUAAGUAGUAUUAUUACAGGACCAAUAUUAUUGUGGCCUAUUUUGUUAAAAACAAAGAAAUGACAUCUAUUGUUUGUUUUUGUUGUUGCA